GGGGGCUGAAAGGGGCGGGGUUUUCGUUGGAGGCAAAAAAGGGGGCUAAUCGUUGUCUGCAGUUAAAAUCAAGAUCGCAACAUAAAACUUGAGUGCAUGUAAGUGUGAAAAGGACAGAAACACCGAAGACAGCAAAUAUGGAUGCAGGUGAAGACCAAAACGCAGGCACUACCAAUGGAAAUCCUCAGACAAGUGGGAACUCUCGUGCACCCCAGAUAGCCCACAUGUCUCUAUAUGAAAGACAGGCUGUACAGGCUCUACAAGCACUUCAAAGACAGCCAAAUGCAGCGCAGUACUUCCAGCAGCUCAUGCUGCAGCAGCAGAUCAACAAUGCUCAACUCCACAACUUGGCUGCUGUGCAACAGGCCACGCUUGCAGCUAGUCGUCAAUCCAAUACCCCAAGUAACAGCAUGUCCCAGGCAACCACCACUGUCAACCUAAGCACCACAUCAGCGGGAGGUACCAUGACCAAUCCCCGUCCCCAUGGCCCGGCCACCUCUGCAACAACAACAGCACUUAACCAGUCAGUGUUGCUGGGUGGAAACUCUGCAGGACAGGGACAGAUGUAUCUUAGGGUCAACCGCUCUCUCAGGGCUCCCCUUGCCUCUCAGCUCAUCUUCAUGCCUGGUGGUACAGCAACAGCUACUGUGGCAACAGUUGCCCAGACACAGCCUCAGCAGCAGCAGCAGCAGCAGCAACAACAACAACAACAACAGCAGCAGCAUGAAGUCGCUCCUACCACUGCCAGUGCACAGUCAGACAGUGAUCAGGUGCAGAAUCUGGCCCUGCACUGCGUUUCCAGUCCCAGAGCAGUAGCUGUCAAGUCUGAGCUUCCAGAGAGGAAAGAUGUCGCCGGCUUUCCCCUCGGACAGCAGCAGCAGCAGCAGCAGACUUUCGCCCAGACAGCUCAGCAGCAGCAAGUGCAACCGCAACAGCAGCAGCAAAUGGCCAAAGCCAACUUCACUCAGCAAUCCACCACCAACACUAUGACUGUAAAGACUGUUACUCCUGCUGCUUCUGUAGCUCCUUCCUCCACCUCCUCUGCAGCGCUCCCUCUCUCCCAGCUCCUCCUGUCCUCCUCUGCUGCCCCUGUGAUCCUGGUACCCACCUCAAAUGUUCCUACCACCACCCAGGGCUACCCCAUUGGCUCAGUGACCCCAAAAGCCAACAUAAAUACGCAGACUCUGGUGGUGCAGCCCCUACAACAGGCCAGCACUACUGCAGAGAAAGGACCUGUGCCAAUACAGCCCAAGACAGCUCAGGGACACCGUGUACCUGUGCAGCUGCCUCCUCGACAUCCACCUCCCAUUCUCCCAGCACCACCCAGCAACAACCAGCACAAUACUCCCCACAUCCCUGUGCAGCUUGUGGGAGCCAGGCAGGGCUUAGCAGGAAACACACAGGCUGUGGCUCUGGCACAGGCACGAGGCGGCACGGCCCAGGAUAGUACAGCUGGUGGGAAUGUUAAUGCCGUCUCCAACAACAGUGCUAUGAUAAAACCUGCCAUUGGCUCUCUGAAAAGAAAAUCUGACUGUGAUGCACCAAAUGAGAUGGCGACAGAAUCUUCAGACUCUGCACCCACAAAAGAUUCUGCUCCUCCCUUAUCCCCUGCACCUACAAAGGACUCCGCUCCUCCUGUAGCAGCCGCCUUCUCAUCUCCUCCCACCCUGUCCUUGCCUCUGCCCUUGUCAAGAGGCGGGCAUGGGGACAAAGACAGAGCACCUGUUCCUCAGGCAGUGGUCAAACCUCAAGUCCUCACCCACCUAAUAGAGGGCUUUGUCAUACAGGAGGGAGCUGAGCCCUUCCCUGUUGCUGGACUCCUCAAAGACAGAGAUUUCGCCCUGGUUGGCCGCUCAGAGAACGGAGCUCCAUUGUUAAAGUGUGAGUACUGUGGAAGCCUCGCCCCAGCCACCCAGUUCAGAGGAUCAAAGAGGUUCUGCUCAAACACAUGCGCUAAGAGAUAUAACGUGAGCUGCAGCCAACACUUUAAGACAAGCAGAAGGGGGAGUGGUUCAGGGCUGUCACCACCUCCUGCUCCCACUGAGAGCGGCGCCAGGCGAAGGGGCCCCUCUCGCAGGAGCAGUUCUAAUAUCACCUGUAAUAAAAUAUCAAGCAGGCACCUACCUGUUAAGUGUCACUCUGAGUCCAGUCGCUCAGAGGAUGUAUCCAGCGAUGGGGAAGAAGACGAGGACGAUUCUCCUUCGCUGUCCCCCAGCUCUUCACACUCCUGCUCAAGAGCCGAUGAGCGCAGCGCUCCUCCCUCUGACAGUUCGGCUCCUGGCAGCCUCCCACUAGAUGGGGCUAACUUUCUCUCAUCGACUCCUGCUCAGUGGAGUGUGGAAGAAGUCUGCAGGUUUAUCUCAUCACUUCAAGGCUGUGAAGAGUUGGCCGCCCAGUUUCUGUCACAGGAAAUAGACGGGCAGGCUCUGCUGCUCCUGCGAGAGGACCAUCUCAUCUCCACCAUGAAUAUCAAGCUGGGUCCCGCUCUCAAGAUCUGUGCCUCCAUCAACACCCUGCGCGAGUGAUGCGGUGAGUUCUUCAGAGGGUCACCAGGAGCGUGUUCUCUUUGGAAUCAAUACCUAUGCCUUUUUAGUAAGAAGUUUUAAAAAGACUGAGAUCUACGGGGACAGUGAGAGUGGUUUUUAUAAACAGUGGUUCACCAUUGGUCAUGUGGAGACAUGGGGAUGGACAGUUUACUUUCUGGACAUUGAAUGUGCAAGCACAUGUAUGUAUACUGUUAAUAUGCGAGUGUUGAGCAUGGACAGUCUGAACUCUCCAUGUCAGUAGUGUUUGUAGAAGCCUUUUGUAUGUUUACUCUUAAGAAACUGUGCAGAUCUGCCAGCCUGCAGCAAUCUGUGCUAGAUCUAACUAGGACAGUUCACCUGUUGGGUUGAAAAGGAAAAAAAAGAAAUGUUGCCUUCUUGCUGUAUUUCAAAUGGUGCUUUAACUUUAGUGAUAUGAUUUGGAGUGAUGGCUUCAUCAGUCCACUACAUUUAUAUAUUACAGUCUUUUUAGUAGUUGUUUAUUUACCAUAGACGUUCAAUCCAGGCUCCAAUCACACCGAGCAAAGGACACUCAGAAAGCCUGGCGUUUUUAAUUAGUUCAUUUUACCAGUUAGUAAAAGUUUAGUUUUGUAUCUUUUCCAUUUUGUACUACAAUCAAAGUUAUUUUUUCAUGGAUAUGAUAUAGUUUUAGUAGCUUUAAUCAACCUAACUACCUGAAAAUAGGUAUUCCUCAUGGUUUGCUCUCUCAAGGGCUCAGUGGAAGUGCUCUGUGUACAUGUAUGCAGUACUACCAAUAAACAAUACCUGUUACUGGA